ACCUUUUUGGCAAUAUCACCCUGUUUACCGCGAGAUGUGUUUAAUUUUUUAGUUUUUUUAUGUUUUAAAACAUAUGAAGAAGAAUGAACUCAUUUAUUCUCAAUUAAAAUGGACAGAAGUGAUUUUACCAUGGACCUGGAGAACAACAACAACACGCAGUUAACCGGCGAAGAGCCGGAAAAAUGUGCGGGAAAGCGAAAAUCUGUAAUUACUCCUGAAAACGAGGAAGGGGAAAUCAAAAGACUGAAAACAGAGGAUCCAAGGAUUGUAGAUGCUGUGCCCCGUCCGCCUCUGCAGAGCCCAAAAAAGCGCCUCCAACUGAAUGGAAAGCCCAAGCACAACAAAGAUCUUAGUUUCACCUAUGGCAACUAUAAACACUACUAUGGCAAACGAAUCCUGGACAAGGACUUCCGGGAUAUCCGCAUGGACGUGCUUGGCACCCAGCCGGAUCUUUUCCGGGGUAAGCAGCUCCUUGACAUUGGCUGCAACUCCGGGCAUCUGUCAAUCCAGAUUGCCAAGACCUUCGGGGCCAAGAGUCUGGUGGGGCUCGACAUAGACCGUGGCCUGGUCAAGGAUGCCCAAAACACAAUAAGCCACCUGAAGCGACAGGCAGGACCUGAACAGGGCUUUCCCCAUAACAUGAGAUUCGUGCAGGGAAACUAUGUCCUUGAGGACGAUGUGCUGCUGGAGAUCGAGCGUCCACAAUUCGAUGUAAUACUCUGCCUGUCUGUCACCAAGUGGAUCCACCUUAAUUUCUGUGAUUCAGGCCUGAAGCAGGCCUUUCGCCGCAUGUACCUGCAGCUGCGUCCGGGUGGCAAGCUGAUUCUAGAGCCUCAGUCCUUUGAUGGCUACAAGAGGCGCAAAAAGCUAUCGGAACAAAUAAGGGAAAACUACAAUUCUAUUAAGUUCAGACCUGACCAAUUCACCGAAUAUCUGCUGGGCCCAGAAGUAGGGUUUGACAAAAUGGAACUCAUGGGAACACCCGAGCACUGUGAAGCCGGAUUCAAGCGGCCCAUUCAGAUCUUUACAAAGAAAUAAUACUAGAAAAACAAUGUAACAAAAACAAGCAAACAAGUGGUCAUAGAAACUUUAAUAAAUGUACCCACAAAGGAAGGAGAGCUUCAGAUGGAAUCAGUACUA